AUGAAUCCCUCCUUGCUGGUGGCUAAGGCCGUGGAGGUCUUCUCCCCAGGGCCCCGAGACGUCUGGGAAGGCCUACUCCGAAGCUGUACGCCCCCGCCGCGCAGGGCAGCAGUCUCCCCAGGGCUCCCGCGGCCCCAGCACUCCCGGACCCGGUCCCUCCCGCCUGCCCCGCGCCCGGCGUCCGGGGCCGGCCCCCGGAUCCCUACCGCCAGCCGCUUCCGGGCCGCCGCUCUCGGCUGCUCGGGCCCUAGCCGCCACCGUCGCCAGGAGUCGCACCGGCUUCCAGUUCAGGAACGAGCCUCCGCCGCCUGCGCGAAACUCGGGUGCCCAAAAGCCGCUCUCGGCUCCUGCCGCCCGCCUUCCAGGCCGCGCCGGAUCCUCCGCUCCCCCUGCCGGUGGGCAGCCAUUUCCGACAAGCGUCUUGCGGAACUUGCCGAAGUGCGCCGGGCCGGAAAUGGCCGAACACGGACACUGACGAGCCGAGGGGCGAGGAGUGGGGGGCGGUGGCGACUUUCGGGACAGUGCCCGAAGGGCCGCCGAGGCCUCGGGCUCCGCCGCCGGGUUCGCCAGGGUCCAGGACGCGCGGCGGCGGUGACAGCGCCGGGGAUUGUGGGAAAGCGAAUGCGAGGACAAGCCAGCCGGGCGAGCGGGGAAAAAGGACGCGGCCUCAGACCAGUGCCCUACAAAUGCUCCUCGUCCUUUAGAAAAACCUACCUACAGAGUGCGGAGAGAAUGCCCCCGACAGUUCUGGAACGGGUUCCGACUCCGACAGCCUCAGCCGCUUCGCGCGGGCCCAGUGAAAUUCAAGUCCAAAUUUAAACCCAGACCCAGACCCGUAGAAAAGGCCUUCCUAAAUGAGCUGACCAUCUCCAACAAUGGACUGGAGUUUUGAAACACUUCCAAUAUUUAACAACAAAGAAAAGGCCAGGCGGUAUAGAUGCUUAGUUCAUCUUCUUGGCUCGCCUCCAGAGGUGUGUGGCAGCAGGCAGUGUGGGAGGAGACUCACACAGGCCCAGAAGCUACAGUAAGAAUUACCAGGUAUUGGUUCAUCUCCACACUGACAAGAGAGGACCUGCAGAUAGUUGCUACCUGAGGACUCAGCCUAAAUAACUUCUUACACAUCUGAGGGAAUUAACACAUUCUCCCCACCUCCCAUCAAUCUAUUUGAUUCUUACAAUAGCCAGGCUCUAAGACAAAAAAGAGAUUCGCAACCAAAAUAUGCUGUAUCCCUGACUUUACUGGAGUCCCAAAUGCUGACCAUCCUUUUACUUUGGCUCUUUUGAGCCUGUCCUCUGUUGCGUCUCCUUCCUCUCAAACAGUUCUAGCUCAGUCUCUUCCUCUAGCUCCUAUUCCUUCUCCUGACUCCUGAGAGGUGUUCCCUGAAAAGAUAUGUAGGGCUACUUUCUUCCUCGCCACACUCCGUUGCCAAUUUCUGUCAGCUCCCUUGCAGCAUCUGCGUCUCUAAGCAGAUCCCUCCCCGCAGAGCUCCCGUCCCUGGCUUCCAGCUGCACUCCAGACAC